GAAUCCUCAGCGACUUAAACUUCCGCUUCCGGUAGGCUUAUAAGGAGCAAGAUGGCUGCCUUCACUAAAUUUGGUGCAUUUCUAAAAAAUGCCUGGGCAAAAGAACCUGUCAUAACCGCUUCUGCAGCAAUUGGUCUUAUGGCGGUUAUCAUUCCAGUAGUCAGCCCAUAUACAAGAUUAACUGGAGAGCUGAAUAAAGCGACGCCAUAUAAUUAUCCAGUUCCUGUUCGAGACGAUGGAAACAUGCCUGAUGUCCCCAGCCAUCCUAUUGAGAAGCUUGGACCCAACAUAGAUUGGUUUAAGAACAUGUGAAUACAAAGAUAACGCAACAUCUGCAGCACCGGUCCAAGAGAAUAUACAGACCAAAUAUCGUGUUACCUUGUUUAAAAGUAUUGUCUAAGAACCAUUCCUUUGGUCCUCAUAUGGAAUGUGCAAUGUCCAUGUGGACAUCUCUUGUAAAGACUUAUUAAAUUAUAUUCUUUAAAAU